UGCGCCCUCCGCGGACCGGGCGACCCAGCGAGCAACAGGAGCAUCUCUGUCUGUCCCGCUGACCCCGCGCCGAGCCCGGGCGGCCCGGGCCGCGGCCGCACGCAGCGCCACGCUUCUAGAGCGCAGGCCUCGAAGAUCCGCCGCUCUGACAGCAUGAGCCGCACUGCCUACACUGUGGGAGCCCUGCUUCUCCUCUUGGGCACCCUGCUGCCGGCUGCCGAAGGGAAAAAGAAAGGGUCCCAAGGGGCGAUCCCCCCGCCAGACAAGGCGCAGCACAAUGACUCAGAGCAGACUCAGUCGCCUGAGCAGCCAGGCUCCAGGAACCGGGGGCGGGGCCAAGGGCGGGGCACUGCCAUGCCCGGGGAGGAAGUGCUGGAGUCCAGCCAGGAGGCCCUACAUGUGACGGAGCGCAAAUACCUGAAGCGAGACUGGUGCAAAACCCAGCCGCUGAAGCAGACCAUCCACGAGGAGGGCUGCAACAGCCGCACCAUCAUCAACCGCUUCUGCUACGGCCAGUGCAACUCCUUCUACAUCCCACGGCACAUCCGGAAGGAGGAAGGCUCCUUUCAAUCCUGCUCCUUCUGCAAGCCCAAGAAAUUUACUACCAUGAUGGUCACACUCAACUGCCCCGAACUACAACCGCCCACUAAGAAGAAGAGGGUCACACGUGUGAAGCAAUGUCGUUGUAUAUCCAUCGAUUUGGAUUAAGCUGGCACACCCAGCCUGACCUAGGGAUG